AUGGGUUGGAGGGGUGGGGGGAGUGGGGGGGGGUGGGGGGGGGGGGGGGGUGCAUGGGGGUGGUGGGGGGGUUUUGGGUUGAGGGGUGGGGGGGGGGGGGGGGGGGGGUGUGUGGAUAGAGGGAGGACGUUGGGGUGUGGGGUAUCUAUGGGGGGGGGGGGUGGGGGGGUAUGGGGGGGGGUGGGGGGGGGUGGUGGUUGGGGGGGGGGGGGGGGGGGGGGGGGGGGGGGGGGGGGGGGGGAUUUGGGAUGGAAGGAUUUAAUAGUGAGGGGUGACGGCGUGGGGGGGUUCUGGGCAUGGGGGGGGGUGCGGGGGGAGGGGGGGGGGGGGGUUGUGUGGGGGGGGGGGGGGGCGGGGGGGAGGGGGGGGGAUUUUGCGUAA